AGCCCAACUACAACAACCACUACACCAACUACAACAACCACUACCCCAACUACAACAACCACCACCCCAACUACAACAACCACUACCCCAACGACAACAACAACGACCCCAACUACAACAACCACUCCCCCAACUACAACAACCACUACACCAACUACAACAACCACUACACCAACUACAACAACCACUACCCCAACUACAACAACCACUACCCCAACAACAACAACCACUUCCCCAACUACAACAACCACUACCCCAACUACAACAACCACUACCCCAACUACAACUACCACUACCCCAACAACAACAACGGCUUCUCCAACUCCAACUACAACAACCACUACACCAACUACAACAACCACUUCCCCAACUACAACUACCACUACCCCAACUACAACAACCACUACCCCAACAACAACUACCACUACCCCAACUACAACAACCACUAGCCCAACUACAACAACCACUACACCAACUACAACAACCACUACCCCAACUACAACAACCUCUACCCCAACUACAACAACCACUACCCCAACAACAACUACCACUACCCCAACUACAACAACCACUAGCCCAACUACAACAACCACUACACCAACUACAACAACCACUACCCCAACUAUAACAACCACUACCCCAACGACAACAACAACGACCCCAACUACAACAACCACUCCCCCAACUACAACAACCACUACACCAACUACAACAACCACUUCACCAACUACAACAACCACUACCCCAACUACAAAAACCACUACCCCAACAACAACAACCACUUCCCCAACUACAACAACCACUACCCCAACUACAACAACCACUACCCCAACUACAACUACCACUACCCCAACAACAACAACGGCUUCUCCAACUACAACAACC